CGGAGCGGAGGGACCCCGCUCACUUUCCGAUGCCGGGGAUCCGGGACGCAGGAGCCGCGGGCUGCGGGGAGGCGGCCGGCCGCCCGGGCGGCGGGGAGGGGACGGGGAGCCUGGUCAGCUGGAGGCGGAGGCCGUGCAGGACUUCAGCGCUGUUCGCUGCAGCCAACGCCGUGUGGUGGUUUGUUGCCUCCGGCUCUCUUCGGAUCUACAGCCUCCUGUCCAUCCUGAUGGCUCUGCUGGUCGUCACUGCCACUGCCAGAGAAAUCAUUCGGUCCAGAUCAGCAGCAGGACUGAAUUUAUGGCGCAGCAUGACAACAAGCUGGGAGAUCAUUGACUCGGGCCAGAGCGGCCGGUCUGGUCCUGGACUUCAGCUCAGCGACUCCCUCAGAGUUUUCCUGCAGGAGACGUCGGCUUUUAAACAGCAAAACCCCGGAAAGUUUUGCUUGCUGGUUUGCAGUUUGUGCACUUUCUUCGCCGUCUUGGGACGCUACAUUCCAGGGAUCGUUAUCUCGUAUGUUUUAGUGCUCAGCGUCUUCCUGUGGCCUUUGGUAUCCUCCCAUGAGGUUGGUUUGUGGCUGAAGCCAGUUCUGCAGAAGCUGGACUUUGGCAUCGGAGGUUUCCUUCAGAAGGUCAGAGAGAACCACGAGAGGAGAAUCAUUCAGUCUCAGAUGGAGAAAGAGGGCAUCGAGUCAGACCUCUCCUCCAUGUUCCCCAAGCUCGACUCUGCGGCGUGUAAAGAGAUGUCGGUGUCCGACACGGAGGUGUCUGACGUGACGUGGACGGACAACGGGACGUUCAACCUGUCGGAGGGACACACGCCGCAGACGGAGAACUCCGACGACCUGGACAGAGAAGAGGUCUUUGCCGGCGGCCUCCCAGAGUUCCCUUCUCUUGACAACGGCGCGACGACCAACGGCGAUGACGACGACGACGACCUCAGCCUCGGCCUUCCUCCUCCUCCUCCUCAGCCCCAGAAGCCGGCCGCGCACAGAGCCCCGCCCGCCGACAGAGCCCUGGAGCUGGUGAACCAGAUGGCGGGCGACGUCAUCACCGCCGCCGUCACCGCCGCCAUCCAGGAGAGGAUAGAGGCGGCGGUGGGCUUGGCGGCGCCGAGCGGCGUGCCGGGGGCGGCCGGGCUGCUGGAGCUGGCCGAGGAGUCCGACAGCGAGGCGGAGGACUUCGAGCUGCUGGACCAGUCGGAGUUGGAACAGCUGGAGGGGGAGCUGGGGCUGGGAGGAGACACAGGCAAGGGGAAGGACGCCCAGAGCGACAAGCCGGGGUCGUCGGGGUUCUUCUCCAAACUCCUCAGACGCCACUGAUGACGAAGAGUCCGGCGGGGGAAGCAGAGGGCUGGUCGGGGACAUGUGGAGGGCCGGCAGGAGCGUUGGGGUUCGAGGAAGUCGUGUUUUCGGUUCAUUCUUUUCCCGGUUAGCUGCAGUACCUGACUGAUCUGAAAGAAGAGAAAUGGGAGUUCAUCAGCUCAGAUUAAUGCCGAGAUCAGCCGGGAGUUACAGUUUUGUCUGAUCUCUGCAAAAAAAAAGCUGACGACUGAUUAAUUUUAACCGGUUUCCGUGGUUCCAUCUGACAUGCUCACAGGCUCAUUUACUGUUUAUAGCAUCAUAUAAACAAUUAAAAUGUUUAGUUCUUUGAAAAUGAGCAUACUUAAACAUUUGCAUCUUUUUUAAUCAUUUUAUAGCAAAAUUAUCAUUUGUUAUAAACCAUUGAACCUUGAUCAAUGGCAAAAAGAGGUUGAAAUUAUGGUUUUCCAAUCACUGUGCAAAACAAUGAUAAAUGGCUCAACGUUCCACAAAUUCUGGAACGUAUCAGCGAGUCAGAAACACGUGAAGAAACGUGAACGUAUGCAUAUUUAUAUUGCUUCUUUGAGAGCACAUUACUGCAGUAAAAUCUGUUAAACUGACUGUUACGCAUUAAUAAUCCACUAUAACUGCAAAACUCUGCAACACAAACAGCUAACACUCACCUCGAUGCCACUUCUUAUUACAGUACCCAGAAUUCAGCAGGCAUUGAAUCAAAUGACAUCCAGAAGGCAAUCAAAUCAACUUCAACGCUUAAAAACCGCUUAUGGUUGCUUUGUAGACUUUAAUUAUUUAAAAGGAAACCUCUUUUCUUUUCAUUUUUUUUAAUUUUUUCUUUUUUGUUCAGUUUUUUAUGCACUUGUUUUUUUUUUUCAUUAAACAUUCAUGUAGCCUAGUUGAUUGAGUUUUAUUUUAUUUCAUCAUGCGUCUCAGAGUAUCCUGACUGGAAAUCUAAAUUAUGAGACAUAAAUAUGGUAAAUCUGAAUAUUUUCUUUUCUCUCAUUGUGGACUUGAGGGUCACAGGUAAGUUGGUGAGUUCACAUCUGGAUCAUCCAGUACCAGGUCAAACUUGGAAAAACAAUUUAUUCUUCUGAGGUUUGUUUCAUGAUUAAAAUUGCAGUUACUGAUAUGUGGAGCUACGACGCAAAAGAAAGAUUUUAAACCUCUUGAAAUGUUCUAGUUCUGCAGGGCUCUGAUGUGAAUGGUAACGCGAUCUGAGAUACAAACCAUUGCAUUCACAGAGGUGUUAUAAAGUCAUCUGGAAGAGUAUUGAUCAGUCUCCAGUUAUGCACAGUCAGCAAAUUUGCUGUAAUUUGAACGAUUUAAAAUCCCUCCUGGACGUUGUGCAGGUCUGAUCAGCAGAAACUCUGGACUGGUGUCACUGCUGCAGUCACUUAAAAUGACGCUCAUUCGUGUUUUUAAAUAGCAUUUUUUAAUGGUUCACUCUGUUUCCCUGUAAAUUUGCAAGUUUUUUUUUUUUUACUUUAAUAUGAAUUUGAUAGAUACCAAAACCACAGAUUGUAACCACUAGAGGGUGAAAAGUUCCCGUCCUACACUCCAAACAGUCCCUGUCAAGGAAAUCAUAAUCCCAUAAACAUUCAUCUGUUUUUCGUUACAGCACAUCCAGCAGAGCCCUCUCCUCCAGCUCUCUGUGAAUAAAUACAUCAGCAUCCUGCAAUCAAAACAUUUCUUUCUGAUAAUUAAGUAAAAGGGUUACUGUGAGAAGCCCCUUUAACACAAACACUGACGACUUCGUUGCUGACAGCUACUGAAAUGUGAGGACAAAACAUCUAUGGAUAAAAACCUCUAAUAUUUCCAGAAUAUCUCUCAUCAAAUAAAGUAUUUCUCUUAUUUUCUGUUCAUUUUAAGCUAAAUUCAUUAAAAGUCUCAGUGAAGACCCACGCCGGUUCUCAUGCUGCAGCCAGUCUGCAGCUCACAUUCAGCCCUUCACGCUGGAAGAUGGUCGGACUCCGAACGCAAUAUUUGAUUUUAAUACACUGAAGGAAGGUCAGGCUGUCUUUUUGCCUACAUAGAGGCGUUUACUGGGUGGACACAUAUAAAUUAGCCUGUACUUGAUCUUAUAAUGAAGACACAUUGCAAUGUAUGAUGUACCUUCUUGAAUUAAUCAUAUGAGACAUUUUAUUGUAAGACGAUGGAAAUAUCUGUUCAUCUGUGCCUAAGAGGAGUUUGAAGUGACCGUAAUUUUAGCUCUAAUGUAAUGACAAUAAUCAUAAGAGAAUGAAUGUUCUGAGGCAGUUUUAGGCUUCACUAAAUAAAGUGCUGUAAAGAUAUUUAUUCAGGUUUUUUCCGUCUUUGUCAUUUUCCUGAUGUGCGUUAUGGUUGUCUCUGUGCAGAUGCAUGAAGGUGAGAAAGCCUUUCAACAGCUGGUGCAAAAACAUGUUAAGGGUCAGAACCAUUAAGCAUUUUAAAUAUGUAAUUUUAUGUAAAAUCGAUGUCAAUAAAAUGUUGC